UAAACAAUUCAGUUUUAACUGGAUUAAACUGAAUAAUAAUUAUUAUCUGGUAAUAUAAAAUGACAAGGGAUGUUGAUUAUUGAAUGGGAAAUCGAAAGAAUGGUUCAUAGUUUCGAGUGAAAAUGAAAUUUUCUUGUGAUUCUCGUAAAGAAGAAAGACAGAGAAUGGAAGAAGGAGAUAAGAGGAUUAAUCAUGUCUCGUAUCCAGGAAAUGUUUACUUUUAAUCCUAAACUAUUUGAUGUAGAUUCUUAUAAAUUUUAAUAAGAAUCAAUUUAAAAAAAAUUGCAAUUAAAAUGAAGAAUUAAGAGAAACAUUGAAGGGGAUAAAUCGAUAGGAAGAACGAGAGAAAAAGGCAAAAUUGUAAAAUUUUCCAGUCAAAAAUCGUAUGUCUGGAUGGAAAAGGAAGAGAAUGUCCCCAAAAAGAUACCAGGUAUGCGACGUUAUUGGAGAAGGGGUUUGUUGUAGAGGCCAGUGGCCGCACCAACUUCCACUGCGCCUGCUCGGCAUUGUUUCCAUGACGACGAAUCACCGGCGAUGCUCGGAGAUGUAGUCACAUCGUUCGAUCGUCCAAGUGGGCCCAAGUCCAUACGAACGUACGUAUAUCGGUAGGAUUAAACUGAAACGUAAAUGAAUCUAUCCUCGGUCACCGUUUGGAACUUUAGAGGACGGUUGGUGAAAUAUUAUGAGGUGUAACGCUAUUUAUAGGAUAAAAGAGAAGACAAAAUAGUCAUUUGUGGGAAAUGUCGAAGCCAAAGGUUGAUAUUUUAAAGGAUAAGGAAAUUUGAAAUGGUGCCAAAACAUCAAGACGAGAUGAAAUAAGGACUUUACAGAUAGUCAAAAUGCGGUAGUGAUUAUUGAUGUUAAUCGAUUUUUGAAAGAAUUUCAACAUGUUCCAAGCCAUAGUACAGUUCCGUGAGACCCAAACGGUCUCUCACAUCAAGAGCAAAGGUCACUCGUCCAAUUCGUCAGCAGCCAGUACAAGUUCUUCUGGUUCUUCAUCAACCGAUUCUUCAUCAACACCGGCUAGACGUCCCAGAAGAAGAAGAUCUCUUCUCUAUCAAGUUCUAGUAUCGCCUCUGAAGAAGAAGUCCGAUUCUAGUAAUCAUCAUAACCCUCCUCCUUAUCUUCAACCUAUGUUGAUGGAUAAGAGUCAUUUACCUAAUCAAAGAAGCCAUUCUCUAUAUCAACCCCCUCCAAGCAUUUACGAUGACGACCCUGGAAUUAUGUCUGAAGUGGAAACAUCAGCUACUGGAUUUAGGAGGUCAGCCAAAGCUAGGUCUAGUUUACCAAUUGUCAGGACUCCUUCGAAGACACAGGAAAGACCGCUUGGUUUGGUGUUCUUGCAAUAUUUAAGCGAAACCAAACGGGCUCUUCUGCCCAACGAGAUAACCUCUAUGGAUACCGUUAAAGCUUUGUUUGUGCGCUCCUUCCCAAAACAGCUAACAAUGGAAUAUCUUGAUUCUCCUCAUAUUCGAAUCUACAUUCACGAUCCUGCUAAAGAUAUGUUCUACGAAUUGGAAGAUCUCAGGGAUAUUAGAGACCGAUCUGUAGUACGAAUUUAUGAGCAAGACGUUAAUGGAGGAGGUGUUUAUAGCACUUGGGAUCAAGAUAUGAGUUACUUCUCCGAACCAGAAUUUGAUUCAGAAUAUCAAUCACAGCACAUACACAGAACAAAGACAUCGAAAACGCCUCAAAGCUCCAGUUACUAUGGUGCAUUGAUUCCGUAUACAGGUAACAGUAAUCGUAAUCAGACUCUACCACGUGGAAAUUCGAACAGGUCCUUUUCUCCUAUAAGUUCAGAAAGACAGAAAUCUCAAACAUUACCACCUCCAGGAUCGCCUUUCACGUAUCCUCGAACAAAACCAUACCCGGUACCUCCUGUACCUCCUGAAAGAUUUUCAGGUUUUUCUAUGUCUCCUGGAAGUAAUCAACCACCACCUAAACCACAAAGGUCUUUCCAGCAGGCUAUGGUGCCUCUUUCAAAGGGCGUGCGUUCGACUCCAGCACCUUCCGGUCCAUCGCCCGCUAUCCCAUCCACAAGAUCUACACAGUCCAGAACACUUGUUAGCAUGGGAUGCAUUACCGUUACAGAAAGGCGUCACGAACCACAAGGGGCGUACAGGGCACUACCGGAGAGACCUUAUUCAGCAGCAGGUACCCCAUCAUAUCAGUCUUCUCCAGAGAGACGUUACGAAUUGCCAUACCAUUCAUCUCCGGAGAGAAGAACUCAUGAAGCAGGGUACGUUUCUUCCCCCGAAAGGAGACCAGACCAUCAGCGAGGUUUCCCAGGUUUUGGUAGUAGCACACCAUCAUCGUACGAUGACAGUAGUACUUAUUACGGGGAAAGGAUUUAUGGUACAAGGUCUGGGAGCGUUACUCCAGUUAUAGAUGAAGAAGCAAGAAUGAGGAUGGAGUACAUGGAACGUCAGUUAGCUAAUCUUACUGGAUUAGUACAGAAAGCCUUAACAGCACCUCCAGGAAGAAAACAAGAUCAGAUUCCUACAAGGGAUAUUGAACUGGUAAAAGAGAUACGUCAUGCAGAAGGUGAAGAAGAAGAUAGUUCAGAAUGUAAAGCCGUCUCCCUGCAAGAAAGAGAAGUACGUGGCAGUGGAUCAUUAAAACCUGCCCCACCACCCAAACCCAGUUUAUUACCAGCAGGUGCCAUAGAUGUACGUCCUUAUUCUACUGGUAACGUUAAAGAAUUAACGCCUGAAUUAUAUCUCCAAUUACGUCAUCUAAGAAAACAAACCAAAGAUCUUAGAGUUGAAGUUCGUAAUUUACGAAGAAUGGCACAAGCUCAAGCGGUGACUGCUAGGGAGACGGUGAGGGAAACUUGCCUUAAAAUAAAGUCAAUGUUGGCAUCUGCCCAUGUGGGUGAAGAUCAAGUAUGUGCUGAAAGGUUAAGAGUUUCUAGAGAAGAAGAACUUUAUAGACAAGAUGUUACUCAAUUAGAAAAAGAUCUGUCUGAAUUAGAAAGCCAAGUUGAGGAACUGAGGGGAAAUGUAAUCAAUCGAAGAUGUCGAGUUAACAUGAGUGAUGUAGAAAGUAUGGCUCUUGUUCUUAGUCGUGCAAGUAAAACUGUAGCCGAUUUAAAAGCUCGAUUUCCAAAUCUUCAAGAAAAUUUGAAAUCUGUUAUGACAGCAGAAAUGGAAAUGGUUGUCAAAGAAGAGAAAUUUUUGAAAGAAGAACCUGAUCGUUUGGAAACUGCGCUUCGUAGAUGUAAAAAGUUAACAGGAACUCUAGUAACUUUAAAAAGAUUGGCUUCCGUUCAGGAACAGAGACAUACAGUUAGUCAUCUUCCACCUCCUCCACCUUUAGAAAAGUCUUCCUCUUCAGAAGGAGCCCAUUCUGAUGGUGAAACCCAUGUGGUCAAGGCAAUUGAUUCCGAUCCCCAUACAGUCAUCCACGUUCCGCCAGACGGGCAUCAAAGGGCAUCGCGAGCCGAAAAUGCCUUAGAUGCCUUACUGGAUGAGCUACAAACAUUUACAAAACCAGUCGAACAGAAACGUGAUGUUAUACCGGGACUUCUGGGACCUCAACGUCGCCUUCCUUCGUAUCCGAGUGCGGACUCGCCAGUAAGAACACCAACACAUGGUUUUGCACCACCCGUGCCAUCGACGCCAAAGGGAUCUGGUCAAGGAAGUGCUUUCCACGCCCCUACUCAAGUGAGUGGGAAAUUACAAGUUAGUAAUGGGAGUAAUCGACAGAGCAUGAAUUUAUCUCCUUCAUCCUCCCCAGCUCCAAAUGAAAAUGUGAAUUCCACAAACAUUCAAGAAGUGUUUGUACGAGUGUCGGUUAGUGGAUCGAAACACACCAUAGUCGAUAAUCAGGAGUCAUUAUCUUCGCCGUCACAAACUACUGCUAAAAAGGUACCUCCACCACCCCCGCCUCGCACAACUAGCAGGUCUCCUCUGACUUCCCCUACUAAUCCUAAAUCUUCUGUAGUAAUCGGAGAACCAAAAAGAGAUACAAAUAGUGCACCCAAAGAGAUAUCCAUCGGACAUUUACGUAGUAAUUCUGAACCCGCUUCGAUGCCCGGUAAUGAACCUCCCAGUAGAAAGAUGCCACCCAGAUCUGCUACCAAAGAAGAAACUCCAUCGCACAAGAAAGGCAUUGAUGUUCUUAAAACAAGUGCCAUAUCAGAUGACGCCCUUAGAAGAGAACAGUUAUCGAGUAAUAGCAGCAGCAGCGAGAGCGUAAACUCCCAAGAAGGCUUGCAAAUGGCUCUGCAAGGGAACAUACCAGGGAACCGGUUAGAAAGGAGGGCUUCUUUAGGGCCUAAUGAAGGAGACAGCUCAAAAAAAUCUACUCCUUCGACUCCGCCGAGAUCACGGCAAGAACUUCUGGAACAACGCCAUCAAGAAUUACUUAAAAAACAAAAACAUCUACAGGAACAGUACGCAAGGCUACAACACCUUCAAAGAGGCCAAAUUCUUCAAAGAUUUUCACCUCCUAGAAGUGGGAUCGGAGCUUUAGGAGAUUUAAAGAAAACUGGAAGUGAAAGCAACAUCCUGUCCAAAACUGCUUUCACUGUAACACCAGUUUCCGGUUCUCUAACUCACUUGGCAGUCACUAGUGGAAGUGCAACAUUACCAAUAAAACCACAUAUUUCACAAUCAUCUCCAAAAACAACCAGUGCCCAAAUAGGACAGAAUCCAAAAUCUACAGCAGGCAGCAAAGUAUUUGAGACAGACAUUCUUUGAAAAUAAAAAAAAAAACAAAACAUCAAAAUAUUGGCAAAGCGAAACUUCACAAGAAAUAAGAUCUGGUGAAUGGGAGGCAGUUGCUGCAUCUCGCCCAUUAAUUUCUUUUUUUACGUUUACAAACCUCUUUUAAAUAUUUAAAUCUAAGUAACAAAAAAAAAUCCUCAUAAAGACCAUAAACAGACUAUAAAUUUGGGUGAGAAAUCUUGAUAUUAAAAAAAAAAAUACACACACACACAAAAUAUUAAUGGUAAAAGUUGAGUUUUUACAACAGUUAAAUCUGAAUUUGUAUUGUGUGUUUCUAUUUAUCUAGGAUCUAUAUACGUUACAGACAAUGUUUUUACAAUAUUUGAUGAUGUAUCCUAAAACCUUUCAUGAAAAUUUUUACAAAAAUUCAUUUUUAUUUACGUAGAACAAAAUGUGUGAAUGCUUAAUGAGGUUCCCUUUUUCAGAUUCAUUUUUCUCGUUCCGUUCAAAAUUUCGAAUACAGAGAUAUGUCUAAAUGGAAUUUUUGGUAUAUAAAAUUAUUAUUUGACAAAAAUUUUAGGAAUCAUAAUUGUGUAAUUGUAACAAAUAGUUUUAAACGUCUUUCUAAUGGCUCCAAAUGAUCUUUUUAUUACCUGCUCGUGUGGUUUGUCGAUUAGAUUCUAGCUUAAGAAAAUCAUAGUUAACUUGUAUGGAAAUGUUAGGGAGUGUGAUAAUUCUGUUGUUUCCAUAAAUCUUCUCUUCUCAACGCUUGUGGGACUCUUGGGAAGAUUAANCAUCCACA